UUAUCUCGCCUUUCCUGUUUCCCACCAGCCAAUCCUUAGCUCGUGUUAAGGCAAGCUCUCUGCUCCUUCCUCUGUGACUGAGCUGCUGCUGCAGGAUCAUAAGGAACUACUACUACUACUACUACUGCUGCUGCUGCUGCUACAGAAAGUUGCUCUUGAUUGUAGUAAGCAGGAAGCUGGGGCCACCGCAGGGCCUUAUGACAUAUAAUUGGAUGUAAUUUCUGUACAGUGGCCAGCAGCAGCCACAAGUCCCGGCCACAACAUGAGCACACAGGGAGACAUGUUGGUCCUUGUGGAUUUCCAUGGACAGCUUGAAGAUGAGUUAACCAUCAAAGCUGGUGACAUAUUAAAAAAUGUGAAGAAAACAGGCGAGGAAGGGUGGCUAGAAGGAGAGCUCAAUGGGAAGAGGGGAAUCUUCCCCCAAAGUUUUGUCAAGGAAAUUCCAUCAUUUUUGCUAAAUGAUAAUGGACAGAGGUUCCCGAGGUCUGUCAGGAAAGUCAGUGCUAAUAUACUGAAGAAGAAGAAGCAGCGAUGGUGCCGUGCAGAGUAUUCAUAUAACCCAGGGAAGCCAGAUGAGCUGGAACUCUUGGCAGGGGAGGUCUUGGAAGUUCUGGAGGAGAUUGAAGAUGGCUGGUGGUUGGGCAAGAAGGGAGAUCUGGUGGGAGCUUUUCCAUCCAACUUUGUGCAAGAAAUUUCUGAGUCUCCUCAAGAUAAGGUGACCAAUUUCAAGAAGAACAAUAAACAAAGACCAAAAAUGAUGGAAAUAAGCUUUGCUCCAAGUGUAAAGGAGACGACAAAACAAGAAGAAAAGGCUGCAGUGAAUAAGCAGAAAGAUUCUACAGUAUUUCACACCAAUGAGCUGGCCAGGGUUAUGUUUGACUAUGUUCCUUCAAUGCCAGAUGAGCUUGCUCUGAAAAAGGGGGAUGUGGUAUCAGUUAUCAGCAAGGAGACAGAAGAUGAGGGUUGGUGGCGAGGAGAACUUAAAGGAAAAAUUGGCUUGUUUCCAGAUAAUUUUGUGAUAACAAUACCUCCAGAUUUACCAAAUAAAGCCAGCAAGCCUCCUACACGAACUGCAACUUUGAAAGGACCACUGGCUAUAAAGGACAUCCCUAACAUGGACCUCAAGAUACCUGUAAAUGGGCCACAGACUCACAGUUCCACUGGACAGAAAGAGCAAAGUGAGACCAAGGUAGAGCCUGCUCCUAAAGUGACCCAUCAGCCAAAGAAAACAGCACCACCCCCACCAGUGCCACAUAAGACCAAAGCCAAUGCCAGUCCUGCCAACAAGCCCUCUACAGAAUCACUGGCAAAACCAGCAGAAGAGAAGAAAGAAAGAUAUAAAGAGACAAAUACCUCCACUCUGGAUGGACUCCGAGUUUCCUCUGUAAAGUUGGCGCAUCCUACUGCAGAAAGACCAAAAAUGCAGGGUAAACGUCCGCCAAAGGCCAAGAUUGUCUCAGAGAAUGACUCCCCAAGCCAUAAAGGGGAAGAUCAGGUGAAUUCCCAUUGUAAAAGUCCGACAUCUAAGAAUACACCUAGGCUCUCCUCCCAGACUGGUCAGUCAGCCUCAACAACUGUAAAGCCCAGCACCCACACAUCCAAGAGGAGCCCUGAGCCUGCACAAAAUGCUCAAGUGGAGGAGCUCAUGGCAGAGAUCAGAUCACUUAAACUUAUGAUGGAUCUACUUAAAAACAAGCAUUCGGCAGAUAUGCAAGAGAUUAGAUCAGAAAUCAAUGAAGAGAGAGUGAAACGAACAGCAUUACAGGUGGAAGUUGAAAAUCUGAAGAAACUACCAUCUUAGUAUUUACUGAAGACUCAGGCUGGUCCCAAGAGCACAUAGAAGUAACUGGAGAAAGCAGCCAAAGAAGAAAUCUACAGGAAGAUGGCAGCUCUAUAAAGCUGUGGAAUAGUCUUACUGACGUCUGCGCUCAGGGAACAGACACUGGUUACAUGUAUUAUGGUGAAACAACAGAACCCAAAAAAAUUAUCCUACCAUACUGCCUGAAAAAUGUUUGAUAGUUGUUUUUGUCUUUUGGGUCAAAUAUACCUUUGUAUGUUGUCUCUUCUGUGAUGCUAGUGCCAGAAUUUUGUCUUAGUAGAACUGGAAUGCAUUGAUAAAUGUUUGGGAUAUAAACCCUUAAAUAUUUAAUUAAAGGUCCAACUAUGAUAAAUUAAAAAUCACAUACGUGCCUGUAACUGCAGGGGCAAGUGCAGGAUUUUUAUAGGGGCAUUCCAACUUUCUAUUUCACUAAAAUAACUAUCUAUCAAUCUAUCUAUCUAUCUAUCUAUCUAUCUAUCUAUCUAUCUAUCUAUCUAUCUAUCUAUCUAUCUAUCUAAACACUAUACAGUAAACAUUAUAUUUAUGCACUGCUGUACAAUAGUUACAAUAUUGCACAGCCCUGCUAAAAGAAGCCAGUUCUAGUGCAGUGUUAGAAAUCAUUGGGCAAACAUUUCUUUAAAAAACUUGUAACAGAAUGCCUGGUAUUCAGGGGAAUUCUGGGCACUCCCCGAAUUCUGGGCACACCACUACCACCGAACCCCCCCCCCCCCCCCCCCCCACCUCUUCCCCCAUCCAUCCUGCCCUUGCCGUGAACUGUUCAAUAGAUUCUGAAUGGUUAUUCGUGGCAAUUGGCUUCAGUAUAAAGAUAUGAACCCCUUACUAUGAUGAAUUACUACCUUAGGCAGUUUUCAGGUCAGUAGUCUUUUGUGUAGAUUUUGAGCACUUUUAUUGUUACUAAAUUUCAGAUUUGCAUUUUUAAUCUCAUCACUUAAAAUCCUUUAAUUUCUUAACUAAAGUAGAUUAAAAACCUAAAGCGUACAUUCUGUCAGUUUCUAAAUUUUGUUGGUUGGCAUGGGUGCAACAGUGUUUUUAGGUUGGGGGUCAAUAUAUCAUUUCAUUUUAGCACCCCUAAAUUGCUGAAUGUCGCCCCCUCAGGGACAGCUGGACUUGCCUGCCAUGCCACCUACCUGACAGAGAUAUAUAAAGAUAUCUUUAUUUAUAUAGCUAUCUCUGUCUCAUGGGGAAGGGAAGGUUGUUGCGUCAAGUUAGAGAAGGAUAAAGGGUGAACUGAGGGGGAAGAGGGGAGGAAUAUAUGAAGUGGGAGGUGAGAAGGACGCAGGGCUGGUCCCAGAGGAGGGGCCAGCCCGCCGUUAACAGCCACACUGUAGGGGCUAGAGCUGGGUAAAAGGCGGAGGACGGCCCAGGAGGCAUGCAGAGAAGUGCUGUGGGAAGGUAGGAGGUAGGAGGUGGAGCAGCUGAUAAGGGAACUGCCUCCAUCCUGACACUGCCCAUGAUAAGCCUAGAUGGUGGCUGCACUGCGUUCUGUGACCCAGUACAUUGACUGGCGCCUCUGAAAUAUUAGAGGGGGGGGGGGGGGGGAGCAGCAGCACAGGAGCAUAACCCCCUCCCUUUCCAACACCUAUGGUGGUUGGUAUGGUGUAACAUUCUUAAUUUACAUAUAAAAUAUGUAUAUUACAUAAUAAGUAUGUACAUGUUCCCUCUUUAUACCAACUCCUUUUGGAACUCAACCCUUGCUUACCAUCAAGUAUGUCUCUUCACUGCACAAAAGUCUAUUAAAAUGUAUUACCGCCCACUAUAUGCACCAUGUUUAUAUGCCACCCUCACUAUAAUACCAGUUCUAGUAGUAUAAUAGUGAUCACUGUUGAAUUCUAGGGAACCACUGUGAGAUAUCCAAAUACUAUGCAGACAACUUCCCAGGUAUUUGUUACUUGUGUCAUGUCUCUCUAUAGGUCCUGCUAAGGCUUUGGGACCACCAGUGGAUCUGUGGCAACUUGGAUGCCAAACCAAGCUAGUGAUGAGUGACUGUCAGGGUGAACAUAUAUUAUAUGCCUGUUACUGGGCUCACAUUGCAGUGGAAUUUGUAUAGUAGCAGAAAUAUAUUACAUGUUUUUUAAAGGAUUUUUAUUUACCACUAUUGGAAUUCAUAUUUGUAUAGAUGUGUAAAUAAUAUGUGGUGAAACGUGAGUAUAGUAUAUUAUCAGCUUAUUUAGUAAUAGAUGUAAGAGGGCACUUAUCACAUGCAAGUGAAUGAUAAAUUUGCAGUUAGAAGGAAAUGGGUGUGCACUGCCUGAAGUUGCUCAUAUACAAGAGGGUAUAUUUUGCCACUUUGAUAAACUUAUGUGUUAAUAUCCUUUUCAAUAUGGCUGCCAUUAGUAAACCUUUUGCUGGGCAAUUAUUAUUAAAGAGUGCAGGUCAUUGUACAGUCUGUGUCACAAAAUAUAAUGUGUUUUUUUAUGAUAUGGGGCAUCAGUCUCUUGUCACACUGUAAAUUGUGCAAUAUUUUCAAUAAACAUAAAGCUAUAUUUAU